GAGAGAGAGAGAGAGAGAGGACUGUCCCACGACGUUACUUUGCUGCAAUGUUCAUUCUUCGCUUUUAAAACAUCUCAUUCUCCCAAGAAAACCAGGGAAAAAAACAGAUUUUAAUUAACAACAAUUCCAGAUCCCUCAGGUCUUCAGAGUUUCUCGAAUUUCUCUGGUUUCAGGCUGGUUGUGGUUGCCGGGAAACCAGUUUCUCAGUUCCAGAUCUUCGCCAGGUUCUAACUUACCCGCUUAAAGGCCGUUUUUCAACAUCGAGAAAUCGGUACUCCUUGCGGUUUUGAUCAACAACGAUCCUGCGGUAUGAAUUCAGGAGAGUUUCUCGGCAUUGAGCCUCAGGAGCUCAAGUUUCCCUUCGAACUGAAGAAGCAGAUCUCAUGUUCGCUUCAACUAUCGAAUAAGACGGAUAACUAUGUUGCUUUCAAGGUGAAGACGACGAAUCCAAAGAAGUACUGUGUUCGUCCAAACACCGGAAUUGUAUUGCCUCGAUCAACAUGCGAUGUUAUAGUUACCAUGCAAGCACAGCGCGAAGCUCCCCCUGACAUGCAAUGCAAGGACAAGUUUCUCCUUCAGAGCGUAAUUGCAAGUCCUGGUGCUACUCCUAAGGAUAUUAACCCAGAAGUGUUCAACAAGGAAUCAGGAAAUCUCGUUGAGGAAUGUAAAUUGAGAGUUGUUUAUGUUUCUCCUCCUCAACCACCAUCACCAGUUCCAGAAGGAUCUGAGGAAGGCUCUUCCCCAAGGGCUUCUAUAUCAGAUAAUGGGAACUUUAAUACUUCUGAAUUUGCUGCUGUUUCUGGAGCAUAUUCUGAGUCUCAAGAUAAAUCUUCAGAGGCAAAGGCUCUUAUUUCAAAGCUCACAGAGGAGAAAAUUUUGGCUAUUCAACAGAGCACCAAACUUCGUCAGGAAUUGGAUCUGUUGAGGCGUGAAGCCAACAAAAACCGUAGUGGUGUUUCAUUCCUUUAUGUCGUGCUUGUGGGCUUGCUGGGUAUCCUUUUAGGAUAUCUUUUGAGGAAGACAUGAUCGUUGCAUAUUCUACUAUGGCAGUAAAUUCUCCUCUUUUAUUUUUAAAUCAUAUUCCAACAACAAAGAAGGAACAGAAAAGAAGAAACAAAAUGAAAUUAUGACAGUUGGCGGUGCUUCUGUUAGUUGUAACAGCGGUCUGUGGAAUUAGAAAACAUUUUCCUUUGGAGUUGAUUGGUUUGUUAUUGUUCAAGCGGGAACUCUGAAAAUGUAGUGUGUGACUAACUCCUGCCUUGUUUACAGGUUUUCAUUCGACAACUCCUGAGAAGUUUUCUUUUCUUCUUAAUUCUCUUUCACUUUCUUCAAUUCUGUUUAGGUCACUAUUUUCAAAACUAUAGUUAGUCUUGUCUUAGGUUUUGAAAAUAUAGGUUUGUCAUGUAGUAUGUAUAUUUGGUGUUGAAAGUUGCUGGUUCUAUCAUUUGGCACAUGGCAAUCUAUUCACGUAUUGCCCCAUGCAGUGGAAGAUUAGAGUUCAGUGCGUCAAGAGCUUUGACACUGUUGCCCUUUAGCUCCAGGCUUUUUAGCCAGUAUCAGAUAAUGUGGAAGCCCGAGACUUAUCUAUGGAGUUCACUGCUGAGUUCUGAAUAGCCUGAAUUCCAAGCAGUAGCAGCACAAGCCUGGAGAAUUUUAAGUAAUGGAGCCCAGACCAACUUUACCAGAAUGCAGAAGAGGAAGUGGAUAUGCGGUGUACCCGCACAUACUAAACAGGUAGACAAGAAAAGAAUCAGAAGUUCUUCCACUUGGACACUGUCGAGGCGUCGGCCAAACUGCACAAAUCUCCUGAGACGCAAGUGGGUCUGGGUGGACAAGUUUCUCUGCACAGUUGGGCUUUAUCACCAUGUAUUUGGUUAUAAACAGUUAAACACUCGAAAGUCGGUACUGCUAUAUGGCUUUAUUACCAUGUUUUCCAUAUAUUAACGUUGUAGACUCAGUAGUCCCUCCAAAUUGAGAAUUAGGUGUAAUCUCUUCCUA